UUUGUAUUGCCUGACACGGUCACACUACCCAAAAAAAGCGGGAGUUCUUUGAAAUAGUUUGUUCACGUUGUUGUUUUCUAAAAAUUCCCAAAAUUGGAAAAUGCCACGCCACGGGAACGCCAAGCGCGGCCCCAAAUCGACGGUGAACAAUUCAAGGCCGCAAACCGACGACGACACAUGCUUCCGCUCGCCGGAACCAGAAGACGGCACCGACUACGGCCUGGAAUUUACCACCAGCCAACAGACGCAACGGGAGGACAACAGUCGUCGUUCCUCGACGAUGCGCAAGGACGCCGAACGGAGGCAUCCGCCAGCGAAUAGGACCUCCACCAGCGACGAGGGGGAUGAUGAGGAUCAGGAAAAUCGCGGUCCGGCAGCCGCGUCGACGCGGUCGCGUCGGAUGACCGUGCGCCCAGAAACCAGAACGCGGGCGCCGAGACCAGUUGCCGCACAGAACCAGAACCAAACCAGGCAACGCAAAAUGCGCAAUCCCAUAAGCAGGACCAAUAGGCUGAAUCGCGAGAUACUGCGGCUGCAGAACCAUCCCGGCACACUUAUACCCAAGCUGCCGUUUGCGCGUCUGGUGCGCGAGUUCAUCGUGAAGUACAGCGAUGAAGCACCGUUGAGGGUCACCGAGGGCGCCUUAAUUGCCAUGCAGGAGUCCUGCGAGAUGUUCUUGACGCAGCGGCUCGAGGACUCCUACAUGCUAACCAAGCAUCGCAAUCGCGUCACACUGGAGGUGCGCGACAUGGCCCUGAUGGCCUACAUCUGCGACCGAAAUCGGUCAAGUUAAAAAUAUUUAAGGUCAAAAUUUAGCCCCUUUAAUUUGAAUAGUUUUAAGUGUUUGCAAAAACAAAUAGAUCUAAGUUUGUUAAUUCCCAAUUUUUAUUUUAUUAUUUACUUCUAUCUAAAUACUUUUGGCAACAAUCUUUCGAGUUGCUGCAACCAAAAUUUUGUUUUCGCUCGACUGUCGGAUGUGGAAACGAAUUCCGCAUAUCGGCAUGAAUCCGCAAAUAAAGAACACGGCAUAAAUUUA